AUGGACCCUCAGGACAUAGCGAAAACCGCUUUUAAUGGAGAGCAUGGCCAUUUCGAAUUUCUUCGCAUGCCAAUGGGCCUGAAAAACAGUCCAUCUACUUUCCAAAGAGUUAUGGACAAUAUCUUAAGGGGGCUACAAAAUCAUAUAUGCCUUGUAUACCUAGAUGACAUAAUUGUGUUCAGCACUUCGCUCCAAGAACAUAUGGUUAACCUAGACAAAGUAUUUAGUAGAUUUCGCGAGUCCAACUUUAAAUUUCAAAUGGAGAAAUCGGAGUUUCUCAAACAUGAAACGGCUUACCUCGGUCAUAUUAUCACCAGGGACGGUAUUAAACCAAACCCCGAUAAAAUUUCGGCUGUUCAAAAAUACCCUAUUCCAAAGAAUCCAAAAGAAAUUAAACAAUUUUUAGGCCUUCUCGGUUAUUACAGAAAGUUCAUUCCGGAUUUCGCUCGUAUUACUAAGCCAUUAACUCAGUGUCUUAAGAAAGGCAAAAAGGUAACAAUAGACAAUAAUUACGUUAAGGCUUUCGAAAAACUAAAGAGUUUAACCUAA